CGUCCUACCGUUGACGUUCCUCUCGGACGUUGGACAGACAGCUCGUACAUUGGGCUGUGUCUGAUCCCAGCAGUCGUCGUGGUUCUCUACUUAGCUUGCUAGCUGUGUAUUUCCUGAGAAGACGUAGGCUGUACAGGAACAUAACAGGGUCCUGUACAUGAUCAGCACUUUUUCUCCCUCCUCCCUUUUCUUGUUUUUUUCUUUUUGUUCAACAUUUUUUUUGUUUGUUUUUCUUUUUUGUUUAAAUCAUUUUGGUGAAGAGAGAAAAUCGUUUAUCAUCAAAAACAAUUGAUGAUCGGGGGUCAGUCUGUACCCACCGACGGACACAAGCCUUUUGGGUCUAACACAUCACAGGAAGAAACAUGAGCAAGCCCAGUGGGAUCAAAGGGCCCAGCAAGAUAGGUAGACCACCUGGACCAGCAGCCCCCAAGACCAACCCCAGCACAGCGGGAGCUAAAGUUGCUGCGGCCGACAAAUCAGCUGCAGAUGCCAGUGGAGAAGAGAGUGCUGGGGAGAGCUUUCAGGUCGGGGAGCGAGUAUGGGUUAAUGGGAAUAAACCAGGCUACAUCCAGUUUUUGGGAGAGGCACAGUUUGCCCCUGGACAGUGGGCAGGGAUUGUUCUAGAUGAGCCGAUUGGAAAGAAUGAUGGGUCGGUGGCAGGGGUGCGCUACUUCCAGUGUGAUGCCCUGCGAGGAAUAUUUACCCGCCCAUCGAAGUUGUCUUCCACAGAGGGGGAGGCUAAUGGAACUCAGACAGAACCCUCCUCCCGUGCUGCAUCACCCACUCCUUCAGUUAGCAGCGUGGCUUCACACACACCAGCCACAAAAUCAACAUUACCCUCAACUACCACAGCAACUAAGAAGGCCUCCUCCACUACGCCAGCUACCCCAGCGAUACCAUCCUCCAACCUCGCACGCACAAACAGUGAAUCUAUCUCCAACCUCUCAGAGACUGGAUCAGUGAAGAAAGGGGAUAGGGAACUGAAGAUGGGUGACCGAGUAUUGGUUGGUGGUACAAAGGCAGGAGUGGUACGUUUCCUUGGAGAAACAGAUUUUGCCAAAGGCGACUGGUGUGGUGUGGAAUUGGAUGAGCCCUUAGGAAAGAAUGACGGGGCAGUGGCAGGCACAAGAUAUUUUCAGUGCCAACCAAAGUAUGGCUUAUUUGCUCCAGUGCACAAAGUCACACGCAUUGGCUUCCCUUCCACCACGCCAGCCAAAGCAAAAACAACGGUUCGGAAAGUAGUGGCCACACCAUCUGGGCUAAAGCGAAGCCCUAGUGCCUCCUCCAUCAGUACCAUGAGCUCCGUGGCGUCCUCUGUUAGCGCCAAGCCCAGCCGCACAGGCCUGCUAACAGAGACAUCAUCCCGGUAUAACCGUAAGAUUUCCGGCACCACAGCCCUGCAGGAGGCGCUGAAGGAGAAGCAGCAGCAUAUUGAGCAGCUUAUGGCUGAGAGGGACACAGAGAGAGCUGAAGUUGCCAAGGCCACUGGCCAUGUUGGAGAGAUGGCGCAAGAAAUUGGCCUGCUCAGGGACGAUCAGGAGCAGAUGGAGACCAAGAUGGAUCAGUUACGAGCCUUGGUAGAAGCUGCAGACAAAGACAAAGUCGAGCUGCUGAAUCAGCUGGAGGAGGAGCGUAGGAAAGUGGAGGACCUUCAGUUCCGCGUAGAGGAAGCUUGCAUUACCAAAGGCGACCUGGAGACGCAGACCAGACUGGAGCAUGCCCACAUUAAGGAGCUUGAACAGAGCCUACUCUUUGAAAAGACCAAAGCUGAGAAACUCCAAAGAGAGUUAGAAGACACUAGGGUUGCUACUGUGUCGGAAAAAUCCCGUAUUAUGGAUCUUGAGAAGGACCUUUCACUACGAACAAGAGAGGUAGCCGACCUGCAGCUGCAUCUUGGGACCCAACAGGGCUCUGAGGACUUAAACUCAACUCUUUCUCCCCUUCUGGAAGAGAUAAAGUCUCUGAGGGAUCAGUUGGCUUCCCAAGAAGCUAUGCAGGCAGAAGAGCUAGCAAAGUACAAGGAGAAGUUAGAAGUGCAAGAAAAGAGCCACAGUGAGGCAGCUGCCCAGCUUCAGGCUUCAUCUGUAAGGCUCUCUGGUGACAACGAACAGUUGCAGAUGCGCUUAAGCCAGGCUGAGAAGGAGAAUGCUGACAUUAUUGAACUGUGGCGUUCCAAGUUGGAGAAUGCCAUUUCCUCUCAUCAUCAAGCCAUGGGGGAGCUGAAGGUGUCCUUCAGCAAAGGCGCAGGUGCCCAGACAGAAGAACUUAUUGAAACCAAAAGUGCACUAGAGAGGCUGAAGAUAGAGCACAAGUUGGCUCUAGAGGAGGCUGGAGCCAAACAUGAGGCAGAUGCCGCAGCGUGGACUCGGGAGACGCAGGCACUGAAGGCACAGCUGUUGUCUUUGAUUGAGGAUAAAGAGCGACUGGAAGACUCGCUACGGUCCACCGUUGAAAAAACAGAGGAGCAACACCUUGUUGAAAUGGAGGAUGUUCUUGGAAAACUUCAUGCUGCCGAACUUAGGGUGAAGGAGCUUGAGGAUAAAGAAGUGAUGCUGGAACAACAGGCCCAAGACAAGGAUAGAGAAACCAAAGAGCAGAUGUUAGAAAUGGUGGCUCUGCGUAGCAAAGUAGCACAACGUAACCAAGAUCUUUUGACCCUGAAGAGUGAAUUAGAAACCGUUCAGGACCAAGGAAACAACCAGGGUGCCAAGGUUAAUGAAUUGAGCUCACAGGUAGAGAGCCAACAGCAGAAAGUCCUCUCUUUACAGCAGAGUCUGACCACUGUACAGCAGGAGAAGGACACCCUGGAACAAGAGCUUGGAGACCUGAAACAAAAGUUAUCUGAAAGCACAGAGGAGCAGACUAAAUCAUCAAACACUAUGCAAGAAACACUUGAGAAGCUCAGUAAGAAGGAAGAGCAGUCCACUUCUCUGACCACAGAAUCAGAGUCUCUAAGAAGUCAACUUGACGGCCUGGAAAGGAAGCUCAAGGCUGCAGAUGAAAAGCUUGAGCAGCUUUCAAAGGACAAAAGCAAGCUGGAAAAUGAUAUUUCAGACAUGAUGAAGACAUCUGGUGAUAGUUCAGUAAAGCUGACCAAAAUGAAUGAAGAUCUAGUACAGAAAGAAAGGCGGCUUGAGGAGUUGCAGAGUCAACUAUCAGAGGAGAAGGAGAAGGUGGCACACUCAAAGGAACAACUCCAGCAAGAACAGACCCGCAAAGAGCAGGAGAUGAAAGAGACCGGAGAUGCACAUCAAUCUCAAAUAAGUAGCCUUCAGGAGAAGAUUGCUAACCUGAAGAAGACUGGUAAACAGGGUAAGACCUUGGUUGAGGAGCUCAAAGCAUCACAAGAGAAAUCCUUCUCUCAGGCUUCAGAGCUCCAUGUGAAGGAACUUGAGGUUCUGCAGAGUCAGGUGGACACGUUGAAGCAGGAGCUCUCCUCAUCCAAGGACAAAACCCAGGAGCUGGAGAAGAUGGUAUCUGAGCUGCAGCCAUACAAGGAACAAGCUCAGUGUCUUUCUGCUGAGCUUGACUCCAACAAGCAUGAUGUUGAACAUGUUUCCAAAAAACUGGAAAAGCAGAGUCUAGAUCUGGAAAAUAAGUGUAAGGAAAGCGAAGAUGUUAAGGCUGAGAAAGACAAACUGGAGAAACUGCUUUCAGAUGUGCAGAAUAAGCUCAAUGCCCUUGAGAUUAGUCACCAGGAGCUUUCAGUCAAGAAUGAAGAACUGUUAAUGUCCAGAGAUAAGCUUUCGAAACAUCAAGAGGAACUACUUGCCAACAACAAAUGCUCAGAUGAAGAACGGAUUUUAUUGAACAAGGAGUUGCAGAAGCUCAAAGAUCUUAUUCAGGAAGUACAGACUGAAAACAAAAACCUGAAGCAUGCUAAAGGUGAACUCCAGGCCCAAAUUGAGGAGCUUCAAAAGCAAAAUGCAGAGAAGAAUGACUUACUCCUAAAGCAUCAGCAGGACAUCCAGCAAAUUGAGGCUAAAAAGAAGAAACUACAUGAGGACUUUGAAAAUGUCUGCAAGGAGAAGAACCAGCUUAAAGACGACCUCAAUGAAAGCAGGUCGAAGCUCACAAGUGAGAAGGACAAUCUAAUUUUAGAAAGAGAUUCUGCUAGAAAUGCCAAAAAAUCUCUUGAUGCUAAGAAUGCUGAGUUGCAGGCAAAACUUAAAUCCUUGAACUUAGAAAAAGAAGAUCUUACGAUGAAGAAUACCCAGCUGCAGGCCCUCACAGAAACACUGACAAAAGAGAAAGUGGAGAUGUCUUCUGAAAUCAGUGGUGCUGUGCUGGAUAGAAAUAGCCUUGAGACGGUGAAGGAGGAACUCCAGAAUAAGCUCAUUAUUACCAAGAAAGACUUGGAGAGCUCUGUCCGUGAAUGUGAAGAACUUAAAGCCUCCAAAAUGAGCCUGGCCCAGAUGCUGGAGAAGUUCAAGACUAGCAGUCAGGUGACUGAUUCUGAGAGGCUUCACCUUCUGCAAGAGAAAGAAGACUUACUUGCGAUCCAAAGAAAAGUAUGUAAUGAGAAGGAAGAGCUCCUCAGAGACAUGGAAGAAUUAAAGGAGAAACUUCAAGUGUCAACAGAACAACUGUCAAAGUCCAACGAGAAACUUAAAGAAGCAUUAUCAUCUUUUGAGCAAGAGAAGCAAGCUUUUCGCCUUCAGAAUUCUGAAAUUGAGAUGGGUCUACAUGUUAUACGAAAAGAAAAGAUGAGCCUGGAUUCAGCACUAGAGCAGCAGAAAAUGGAUUAUGAGCGUUUGUCAGGGGAGAAGGGAGAAUUGGAAGAGAAGCACACAAAAACCGUAUCUGAGAAUAAUGCUCUUUCUCUUGAGCGCGAUAAGCUAGCCAGUGAUUUCCGAACAAAUAAGGACCAGUUGGAUAGUUAUUCUAGAUCUAAUGACGUCUUAAUUCAAGAGAAGUCUCAUUUAACAACAAUGCUAGAGGAAACCAAAAGCCAAAAAGACAAAGUUGAAGUAGAAAUGACCUCUUUGAAACGAGAAAAGGCUGACUUACAAAAUGAGCUUCAGAAACACGACUCUGAUAUUAAAAUUCUUGAAAAGGGCAAAGCUGAACUUGGUCAAGAGCACAGUAAACUAAAAACAGAUUUUGAGAAGGCUAAUUCUGAACUUGUUAAACAGGUUGAUAACCUUACAAAAGAUGGUCAGCGUUUGCAAUCGUUACAGACCGAAACUGACACCAAAGCGCGCUCCUUGCAGAAAGAGAACCAAGGUCUGCUUCAGGAUAUCCAGGAGUUAAAAUGUCAGACUGAAUCAAUGUCAGGGGCCAAGCACCUUCUUGAGACCCAGCUGCAGGCUGAGACCAGUGAACGAGAUCAAGCAAAAUCUGACAAGGAUGGUUUCUCUAAACAAAUUGAGGAGCUGCAGAAAACGUUGUUCAAAGUCACACAAGAAAAUAAAGAGAUUUCUUCUAACCUUAAAAACGCUGAUGAGCAAAAGAAGUCUUUCGAAAUAGAUAUGGAGGCUUUAAAAGCUCUAUCGACGCAGCGAGAGCAAGAAACUAGUCAGUUGACAGCAGAUAAAGAACAGCUAUUAUCUAAGCUUGAGGAUAUCGGCAAACAGAUGACCUCCCUGGCCACAGAGAAGGAAGACCUUUUAGCUGGACAGUGCAAAUUGGAGCAGAACAUUUCUUCCCUCCACAUAAGCCAGGAAAAUUGGCUCGCAGAACGGUCAAGACUCCUUGGAGAGGGAGAGAAGUUGCACGCCAGCCAGAAACAACUAGAGAUUGAUGUCAAGGGCCUACAAACCAAUAAAGAACUUUUGGAAAAGCAAUACAAGAAUGCUGUCGCGGAGGUAUCUGCUUCCACCGUUGUGAAAGAAGAGAUUUCCUCCAGCAUCUCAAAUCUCACAGCUCAGAAUGAAGUCCUGCAGGUGGAGAGAGAUGAAGCCACCCAGCAAGUCAGGCAGCUCGAGUCCCAACUCAAAAAUGCCAUUUCUAAGCAGCUUGAGGCUACAGAGGUCUCUGGCAAUACCGCUGAGGCUCUGCAACAGCUGACAAAAGAGAAAACCAUUUUGAUGCAGGAGAAGAACGAAGCCCAAUCUUUGCUGAAAGAGCACCGGGGCUCCACGCAGAAGAUGGAGACACAGCUGAAAACAUUGAAGAAAAAUAAUUCUAAGUACCAAGAAGAUCUGAAUGUGUCCAAAGAGCAGCUUUGCAUAGAAACUCAGAGGACUGAGAGUCUGUGCAAGGAAAUUGAGGAACUUAAAGAAGCAGUUUCUGGGAAGACGCAGUCCCUGCAGAAGCUGCAAGACGAGAACAAUAAGCUGACACUUGAAGACCAGACUAAUCUUUUGAUGAUCAAGGAUGAGCACUCAAAACUCAAAAAACAGUUGAAGCAAAGCCUGCCAAAUAAUGCCUUCAGUGAGAGCACCAUGAAGGAGCAGUUUGACAAGGAGAAGGCUGCCCUCCAAAAGUCCAUCCAUAAAAACGGUGCCUUAAUUUCUGAAAAGGACCUGCAGGUGGAAAACCUGAAGAGCGAGCUGGUUGCACUGCGUGGGGAAAGUGCCUCAGUUAAGACACUGCAGGGUACAAUUCAGGCCUUGGAGCAGGACAAGGCUAAUCUACAGGAGCGUGCUCAAAGACUGGAGAAGGACCUGGCUGCAGGGCCUGACGGCAUCAGAGAGUCCUCAGGUGAUGCAGUUCUGGACCAACUACGGGAGGAUAAGGAGACUGCAGAGAGUCAGGCAGCGAUCGAGUUCCUGAACUCGGUCAUCGUUGACCUCCAGAGGAAGAAUAAGGAACUCAAGGAGAAAUUGGAGAAAAUGGCAGCUGCUUCUCUCAAUGGAAAUAAUCCAAAUGAGCUGGAUAACUAUGAUGGCCAUGACCAGGAACCUGCGAAGAAGAAGCUUCCCCCGAGGCUGUUCUGUGACAUCUGCGACUGUUUCGACCUCCAUGACACCGAGGACUGUCCCACACAAAUGCAGAUGCCCGACUCCCCUCCACACACCACCUACCACGGCACGAAGGGCGAAGAUCGGUCCUACUGCAACAUCUGCGAGGUCUUUGGCCACUGGACCGAUUCCUGUAACGACGACCAGACCUUUUAAGCCUUUUCCACCCUCGUUCGCACAAUCAGUAUAUUUGCACAUCAUGUUAGAGUUACGCCGUGCUUUAGGGGUGCUUUGGUUUGUAUGUGUGCAUUUCGUGUGCUUGUUUUCGCGAAGCGUCUUUAUCGUCCAUGUCCUUAAGCGCUCUUAUGGGAGAAUGUCCUCCUCAGAAUCUCUUCAGACAUCAAGAAAAAUAUUAUACAGCAGUUAACAAUUUGUAUUUGUAAAUGAAUUUAGAGCAAAACAUUUUGAUAUCUUGUGUUUGUAUGAGUGAGGAGAUGCUGCAGGUGGAUGUUUCAUUGUGGGAGAAGCGAUGAUCUUCUUCGGAUCGUUUAAUUUAUCCCAACAUUGUUUGCACAGCUUGUUGGGGAGUCACAAAGAUAAUAUAGUAUCACGAAAGGUGUUUAUUUGAAAGUGUAAAUGACUUGAUUGAAAACAAAUAUCAGUUUGCGCAAAUAAUUGGUGAGCUAUAGUUUAUUUUUUUAUGCCUGGAAAUACGAUGUACUCUUUAAAGGUUUGAUAGUAUGUGUGUCAUUUUGUGAAGGGUAAUCACAGGGGGGAGACUUUCUCACUCUUGCCUGGAGUUCAACAGAGAAGCCCAGUGCUGUUUGGCUUUAAUGGGAACCUUUGUUAUGGUCUUCAUGAAGGGAACUGAUGGAUGAUUGUUCCAAGAAGCUGCAAAAAGUACUUUGAACUUACUGUAACCCCUCAGUUCCUGGGAAAUGGCCUUUCCAAAAGGUUUCUUUGCAAUUUUAAAAGAGCAUUUCUGUAUGAAACAAUAAAAUACUUUGGCAUUUCUUAAAAAAUGUUUUGAAUAUCUGUAUAAAAAUAAAUGAAAUUUAUGUAUAAAUUAAAAUCAAAUAUCUCUAUUGAUUGUUCAAUGGAAA